AUGAAAUGGUAUAUACAAGGGUUGGUGUUUGGAUACCUCAGUGCCCCCCAAAGAACUGGGAGGACUAGGUCGUGGUCUGGAGAUGGGAGACGGCCAUCAGGAGCACUCCAUCAACUGGGGGCUCACUCGAUCGAGCUUGCGGCUCCUCUUCUCCUCUUCUUCAUUCAAAGUGUUGGAUCGUACUCAAAUCCCGGAUCUCAAACUGGGCUCCUCCAGGUCAACUCGACCGUCAGCUCGAUCGAGUUGAGUUUCCUCUGUUUGGACUCGAUCGAGUCCGGUGGUCGAGCUGGAGCGUCUGGCCUUGGAAGUCUUCCUCCUUCUCUGCGAGUUGUCUUCUUAAGCCCUAAAGGGAACUACUCACUAAUCAUGGUGAAAUAA